CUACUCUAACAGUAUCGCCAACUCUUGGACAGAAUGAAACUUUGGACAUGUUUUCUUUGAGGCUAUUGAAGCAUAGCUGUUGUGAAAUCUAUUGGAAUUGGAUUAAAUGUGUACAGGAGAGGGAGACCGGGACAGACCGAGCCGGAGGGAAUGAGCGAGGGAGAGGGGUGUGUGGUUUUGGCUGGGAUAAGAAAAGAGAUGGUUGGUCAGGAAUCUGGCUGAAGGACAGUGGGAGGAGGAACACAUGAUGUUCAGAAGUCUCUCAGAGGAACUGAAGCUCUCUUCGAGCCUAUGCUUUGGUACGGUAGGUUGGGUUAUUGAUAACAGAGCAAUGGUUUGGGUUUAUCUUGGGCUCUGGGUGUUCUUGUUGGGGUGUAGCCCCUCCCAGCUGCAUGGACAGGUUAUUCUAGGUAAGGGGGAAGUGUGUGGAGGGGCAGUGGAGGGCCAGUGUGACACCAACCUCACAUGUGUGUCUGUGAAGCCCGCUGACAAGGAGCAAACAUCCAGUGCUGGACUCUGCAGCCCUCCCCUUGCCCCAGGCUGUGUGCCAUGCUCUGGAGUGCUGUGUCCCCAUGCCAGGCGAGUCUGCCCUGGGGGACAUGUCACUGAGCCGUGUGGCUGCUGCCCACAGUGUGCCCGUCAGAUGGGCCAGGUGUGUGGAGGCCCCCACUGGGAGAAAGGCUAUUGUGACAGAGACCUCACCUGUACCCUGUUCACCGGACGCAGCCCUGCCAGACCCCCACACACCGGCGUGUGCAAAGUGUUACUUGGGCAUCAGGCAGACCCCCUGGCAGACCCCCUAUGUCCCUGGAUGUGGGGCUGCAACGUCAGGGCAGGGGCCUGUGACUGCUACUCCCUACAGACUUGCCACGCUGCCUUCUCCUAUCACAGUUUGGACCAAUGUCUCAAAACAAUGAGAGGGGAUGAGCUCUGGAGCGAGAUGGAGGAACAAGGGGAGCAUACAUGUGUGGAAUGGGGCUGUGAGUUGCAGGGAAGCCAGUGUGUGUGUAUGGAGAGGAGCUGCUACUCACCCACACCAUUAUUCUCUGAAGACACCUGUGAAAACAUGCUGCAGAGAGCUCGCUGCAGCAAUGUUAAAUGCCCUGAGGUCCAAGUCCCUUCCUGCCCUGCUGAUUCCUUCCUCACUGAGCCUUACAUUCCUCAUGGCCAAUGCUGCCCCCUGGUGCCAGCUAUCUGCACAUGCAACUUCGAUAAAUGCCUGAUGGCACCCCCGACCUGUCCUCCUGGCCAGCAAGUCCACGGUGUGGAGAGCAGGGAUGGUCUUCCAGGGGCUUGUUGCCACCAGUACCAGUGUGUGUAGGGUUAGGCACUGCUUAGGCAGCAAAGUUUGAUGAGAUGAUGACAAAGAGAAAAAAAGAGAGAAGGGGUAGACAGGCCAAAGGAAAGUGCCAGGACCUCAAACAGAGCUGGACUCGACAGACAGGACUCCACUGGUUAAUAGCUGAUGGAUUUUUGAGCGACGUUGCCUAAAUGUAACUAAAACCAUUUAACUAAAUUCUAAUACAUUCUAAUAGAUCACUGAUAAUGGGUUGGGAGGAAUAGGCUACUGUGCCCGUGGUAGGAUACUGGAUGUCAUGUGCAUAUUUUCAUAAUAAAGGAAACAAUAGACCCCUC